AUGGACUCUGAGCGCCAGAACGGCUUUCAGAGGGACGACCUGGACGUGUAUUCGAGACCCAUUGAACGCCGCCCUAGCAAAAAAUCUUCUUCCAAGGACCGCCACGGGAUGGUUUACCCAGACAGCUUCAGGGAUACCUCCAUCCGGCCCGUCAGCCCCCAGGAGUCGCUCUCCGAUACGCAGAAUCACUCGCCAGCUUCAGAUGCCGAACACUUCGCAGCCAGCGCAACAGCCUCGCCCAGAUCCGGUCUUCGCGCAAAACCGCGUGACCGGCGGCGUGAGUUCAGUCCUUUUCAUGCUGGACAUGGCAGCAGCAACAGCAACUGCAACAGUGCCAAUGCCAGCACCACCAACAUCAAUCACCACUCCCAUCACCACAACAACAGCAGCAGCAGCAACGUUAACAACAUCAACAACAACAAUAAUAACAACAACAACAACUCCAGCAGUAACAACAGCAGCAGCAACGCCGCCAACAGGCUCAAUGAUGAUGACAUACCGCUGCCAGAUCCUCGAAGCUUGAGAGCCAGGUCAAAGACGACCACCAUGGAGGACCAGAGAGGCGACCUGCCAGCCAACACCUUCUUGGGACGCACCCGGAUGAGACUCGGCUCUCUAACCACCACUGCUUCGGCCAACAUGGCUGCAGGCUCACCCCAGAGUCCCCGACCGCCACUCCAGGACGAUCCCAUUGCCGCCUCCAUCGGGUUUCCCUCCAUCAUCCAGUCUCCCGGACCGCGGCCUCGCUUCGUCAAGUCGCACUCGACUCUCUCCUCCGGCCUUCCUCCUUCAAACGCUUCCAGUCCAGGACCAUAUGUAUCUCAAGUCUUGAACCAGGACUCUACCAAGAUACUGGACCUCAUGAAGUCCACCUGUGGCAGAAUGCAUGGCAUCCUCUCCUUCCGCAUAUCUGGAUCGUCUUCCUGGACUUCGGGCUACUGUGCCAUCAACGUUGCCGCAGGCAGCCUCAUCUACCAGGCAAAAGGUGAAGCAAAUCAGGCAAAGACCCUUAUCCCGGACCUCCGCGGCUGCCGUGUCCGCACCCUCUACUCUACCGAACUCCAAAGCCCGUACCUGAGCGUCUCAACCUACUCCUCUACCCUCAGCGUACACCUCCGUCCCCACGUCAAGGAGACCUGUGACUCCUGGCUUGCCGCCCUCCUGUGCUGGCAACCCAUCCGCCCAAAGGGCGUACAGAACAAAAUGACUAAGCCCCAGUCAGUCGCCAUAACUGAACGGCGCCUCGCAGAUCGCCGGAGAAACUCAGAGAGUACCCUACAAAAGGAAGCCACCAUUAUCAAAGUAGGCAAGAUGCUACUGUGGGAUAGACAAAGUGCUUCCGGUGUAUGUCCGCCACCAACACCCCGGAGGAUAUCAACCUUCAAGCAACAACGGGCUCUAUCGCAUUAUUGGAGGAAGGUCAACUGCACACUACAAGAAAACGGCCACAUGAAGAUCGUAACUGAGGCCGGCACAAAUCUUGUAUCUUUCAUACAACUCUCUCAACUCUCCCGAUGUGCCAUCCAAAAGCUAGAUGCCUCCGUCCUGCAAGACGAGUUCUGCAUAGCUAUAUAUCCUCAGUAUGCCGUUCAUGCCGGAAGCGACCACCUCACCAGACCCGUCUACCUCUCCAUGGAAAGCCGUGUCCUGUUCGAGGUAUGGUUCGUCCUACUCCGAGCCUUCACAAUUCCCGAACUCUACGGACCCGAACAGCCUCCUACCACUACCGCCUCUACAGAUGACUCCGGCCGAUCUCACCCCUUGGCCAUCUCCCAGCAAGUCCCCACCACCACGACAGAUAUGUUCCGAAUCGAACGCCUUCUCAACGUCCGUGUCAUUGAAGCAAAGAUAUUCCCCCAGUCAAAGGCAGAACUACCGGAAAAGAACAAGAAGUCAUCUAAACAGCAAGGUUCGCAGUCCUCCGGUGACUACUACGCCGAAGUCCUGCUAGACGGUGAAGUCAGAGGCAAGACCGCCGUGAAGAGCAGUACCUCCGCUCCGUUCUGGCGAGAAGACUUCACCUUCCAUGACCUGCCCCCUGUCCUGUCUAGUGCCACCGUUCUAGUGAAAUGUCUCAACCCCGUGCAGAAAGACUGGACCCUCGUCUCUCGAGGUACCUACACGCCCAAUGAAGGUGACCGUGAGCACGACUCGUUGGCGACGCUAGGUGAACUAGAGGUGGCCUCUCAAGAUACCACAUUCGGCAGAAUAGACUUGCCCCUGGACAGUCUCGAUGCCGGCAACGGAUCCGAGAAGUGGUGGCAAAUCCUCGAUGAGAACGACCAACCAGUCGGCGAAAUGCUGAUGCGCGUCCAACUCGACGAAACCGUUGUUCUGAUGUCUCAAGAAUACCAAGUCAUGUCUGAGCUUCUCCAUUCGUUCCCUAACGGUCUCACAGUUCACCUGGCCGAGCUCGCGCCCCAGGAGCUCCGCCAGCUCUCCGAGAUAUUCCUCGACAUCUUCCAAGUGUCUGGUCAGGCAAGUGAAUGGGUAACUGCGCUCGUCGAAGAUGAAAUCGACGGCCUUCACCGCGAGACUUCCGCCAGUCGCCUCCGCUAUACCAGCCGCAUCCACUCAAACGACUCAUACGAGUCCGGUCAGGAACGAGAAGUCCUCGUGCGAGACCUAGGCCGCUCUGCAACCGUCGAAGCAAACCUGUUGUUCCGCGGGAACUCCCUGCUUACAAAAUCGCUGGACAUGCACAUGCGUCGUCUGGGCAAAGAAUAUCUCGAGGAAACAAUCGGCUCAAGUAUACGAGACAUCGACGAAAGUGAUCCCGACUGCGAAAUCGACCCGAACCGCGUCAGCAGACAGGAAGACCUCGAGCGGAAUUGGCGCAAUCUGAUCAUUCUCACAAGUAAUAUGUGGCAGUCAAUUGCUGGUUCCGCCGCGAGAUGUCCGCCAGAGUUGAGGUAUAUCUUCAGACACAUUAGGGCUUGCGCUGAAGACCGGUACGGGGAUUUCCUACGGUCUGUCACGUACAGUAGUGUGUCUGGAUUCUUGUUUCUACGGUUCUUCUGUCCUGCCAUUCUGAACCCAAAGCUCUUUGGUCUCUUAAAAGUCGCAAAGGGUCUCCAGGGACUUGCGAAUCUGACUACCUUCGGCAACAAGGAACCAUUCAUGGAGCCCAUGAACAAAUUUCUCAUGUCCCACCGCAACGAAUUCAAGGACUUCAUCGAUGCCAUUUGCGCCAUCCCCGCCGAACGCCCACCUCAAAUAGUCAACCCAUCUUUCGCAACUCCCAUCCAAAUCCUCGGUCGUCUACCACCAACCUCCCGGGAAGGAUUCCCUAGCUUACCGUUCCUCAUUGACAAUGCUAGAAGCUUUGCUUGUUUGGCUCGCGUGUGGCUACAGGCUGCACCAAGGGGUCUCACUGAAGUCCCAGACAUGGAUGUGAACAUUCUCAAAUUCCACCAGCUCUGCAUCGACCUGGAGAAGCGAACGAAGGAGUCGCUCAACAAGGCUGAACAAGCCGAGCAGCCCAGUGGUAACCUCGAGGUGAAGUGGGAAGAGAUUGCCGAGCAAGUCGAGAAAUCGGCUACUUUUUACGAAGAAAGCUCGAGCAAAGCCAACACGCCUGGUAGAGAAUCGGCUGUGACAAGCGUCAGUUCUACAACGGCAGGCAACAACCGGAAUUCAAUCGGUUACUUCCCACGCACACCGUACCUCAAGUCCACCGAGGCCAGUGUCAGCGAUGAUGCAGACGAUGAUACCCCUUCCAGCGCCACUUCUGCUCCAUGGGAACAUCCAGGUCGCCCAAUGUUCACCCAACCAAAAUACUACGCCGACUCGCGCAAGAGUACCGAGAGCCUCCAGAACCCUUCCACCGUCUCCCUGACGCAAUCUGAGACACCGACUGGUAAGAAUCGACAGUCAGGCAUGUCCCGUGAUUCAGGCAAAUACCGGCUUUUCGAAUUUGUCGACCGGACCAGACGCAAGGGGAAGGAGAAAGAAUCGUCGAAUUCUCAUGGUGCAGCGCACCAGCCACAGGACGUGGGCCCGCGAAAUGAAUAUAUAUGA